AUGACUACACGCAGCAAACACAAGUUUCCCUCGUUGGGCACUAAAGAGGACGAGGAGCUUCUACUUGACAAAGAGAGAGUAGCAAAGAAACCCAAGAUCGAAUCCAAUCGUAUCACUGGACUCAAGAUACAUACAAGAAUCUGUCCCACUCUUUUAUUACAUGUCGACUUUGCCAAGGCUGAACUAAACACGCCGCAUGUCAACAGCAAGGAUGGCAAGAUGCUGCGGAGCAACUGGUUCUGUGCAGGGUCACGUUUUUAUAACAUGGAACCAGGCAAUUUAAUUGUCAUGCCCCAGGCUGGAUAUUCCUCAGACGACUUCACAGCAGAACUCAAUGCUAUUGAGGAUACUGAGUCCAAAUCUGGAAAUGAUGAGCAAGACAACGAGUUUGAUGCCCGGAGCGAUCUCAACACCCUGAGGAUGGUCUUGACAAUGCCUCAGCCUGACGUGCCCAUGCACGAAGUCCGCAGGGCACUAGAAGUGGCGCAACAAGCAUAUACUGCUGUUCGGUCUGAGUUGCGCGCUCUCAAGAAAGACCACGCUAUGCUCCAGGCUGCUGUCCCUGCAUGCAGCCGAAACCGAGUCCUUAAGAAGACAUCAACCAUCGACAAUGACAUUGCCCGUGCGGGCAAGAUGUACGCCAUGCUCAACUACUUUUGGGUCAUGAGUGGGCUCUUUCCAACAAAACCCCAGCCAGACAUUGAUCCACGCAGCGACAUGCGUUGGUCUUCACCUGAAGCAAAACUCAAUGGCGUGAUGUUACAAGAACAUCUAGACGCUUGGGCCCCUACUAUUUUUCUCCUGAUCCUCCUCAUAUCAGCCCUCGCAUCAUACCCUUACCCCGACCUUACCCUUGUCAUCCUCGUCAUCCUCGCAUUCCCUUUCGCCCUCUACCUGUCGCUUCAGCAAAGCCAGUACAUUUGGCCGGAUCCUUUCGCUGACGAAGCAUACCCGUGCUCCGUUUCACCACCUGACUGA